AUGCAAGAUGGAAAGGAAGCAAGAACACCAAUGGAACCAGAUUAUCCGAAAAGCAAUGAAACAGAAAACGUGUUACCUAACAAUGAUUAUUAUCGCAGGGCAAUCGGAAAAUUUCUAUACAUCGCCACCGUGACAAGACCAGACAUCGCCGUAGCAGUGGGAAUAAUUUGCAGGAAAGUCGCAACACUGUGUCAACGCGACUGGAACGCAGUAAAAAGGGUAAUGCAGUACUUAAAGGGAACAAAUCGGAUGAAGCUGUGACUUCCAGCAUCGUCAAACCCAAAACUGAUUGCAUAUGUGGACGCCCAUUGGGCUGGAGACACCACUGACCGCAAAUCUACAAGUGGUUACAUCUUCCAGUAUGGACAAGGAACCAUAAGCUGGUCUAGUCGGAAACAAGUGACUGUUGCACUCUCUUCAACUGAAGCGAAAUACAUAGCAGCAGCACAUGCAUGUCAAGAAGCCAUUUGGAUUCGUCAACUUCUACCAGACAUGGGACUGAAUAUGUCACAACCCACACCCAUCUUUGAAGACAAUCAGGGAUGCAUAAAGCUUACACACUCUGAGAAGAUUAACCCAAGAACCAAGCACAUUGAUGUAAGAUACCAUCUGCUCAGGGACAUGCAAGAACAAGGAGUUAUCGACAUCCAAUACUGUCCAUCAGAGGAGAUGACUGCAGACACACUCACCAAACCUUUGCCAAGGGUAACGUCAUAG